AUGGAAUAUGCCACGAUUCACCACUUCGACUUCAACGAGGAUACGCAUAAAAACGUCUGGGAGCAAUUCGAGAAUGUGCCAUUCGUGGAGCCAGCGGUCAUGGACCUUAGCAAUGAGUCGAUUGGGUACGGCUAUCACUACGCGCCACCGCAUCGUCUGACGACUCCAUCGCCCACCUCCGAGACUCUGAUAGAGACGCCACAGAACCUUGGCUUGAUACUGGACGAACCGUGUGGAUACUUCAAUCUUAUGAGCGAGCGCGGUGCGAGGUCUGCAGCGGGAGAGGAUGGUUUGGACGACGAUAUGGACUCGGAGAAGGAAAGCUGGUCGCAGUCGGAUGAUGAGUCUCAGGAUUCCCUGGGAAGUUCUACGGAAACCGAGAACGUCACAGACGACACUACUCACGCGCCUUUCAUCCGCCGGGACGACACGAAGAAGGAUGCAUGGUGGGAUGCAAAGCAGCCCGGUGAGGCUUACCCGCCGCCGUCGCCGAAGGCCGAGUAUAUACGCGAACACCCGGAUAUCUUCUACCACCCCGACCUCAUCUGCACGAGCCUCCUCCCGCUCUUCGCCGGCCAGCGCAAUGGAGCUCUGUACCAUGCACCGAGAUACGGCGCGGUCUGGCUCUGCAGCCAGAUGACUUAUUACGAGCAGCUGCGCCAUGCCGCUUUCACGCAAGAGGACGCGGAUUUCGAGGAGGUGCGGGUCAGACUUAUGAGCGAGUGGCAGUACGCCGGCGCGAUCGUGAGCACGUUCUUAAUCUACCCGCUCAGCACACACAAUUGA